AUGAUUGAUCUAUUAUCAAGUCCAUCUCCAAUUCCAUAAAACUCUAUUACAAAAGAUUAACUCUUAUGUAAUUAGAGGUAAUAACGUUUCUUAUUUACAUAAAGCCAUUGUAAAAAAAUUGACUUUGAUAACAGUCAUACUACGUAACAUUUGAAAUAAUCUUGAAGGAAAUCUAUUUUUCCUAUCUCUUCAUAAGAAGAAAUAAGGAUACCAAGUGCAAAAAUUGAUAUUAAAGAAUUCUAAGAUCCAUUAGUUUUAAGCUCAUAUACUUAAUCUUACAUUGACAAAAAUCAAUUUUCACUUGAUUGUGGAUAGUAAAAGAAUUAAGUCACAUUAAACUUAUUGAUUGCUGGAUAAUCUGGAACAGGAAAAUCAACUUUUGUAGAUGCUUUACUAAAUAAAGUAAUAAUCCUAAAAAAUCCAAUAUAUAGAAACCAAUUUCAAGAUAAUAUGAGGGGAAUACAUCUGAAACUAACAAAGUAUAAGAAUCAAUGGGCAUCAUUGAAUAUGAUAACCAAAUUGUUUAUUUAAACAUAUUUGAUGCAAAAGGUUUUUAAAAAAAUAACUAAAAAGAAUGGUUUAAGGAUAUUAGACAUUUAAUAGAUUAAAAGGUAUUUUGAAUUCUUUAUUUAAGUUUAAAACAUAAAUCAGAAGAAAUAAGUAUGCUUAUCUUAACAAAACUUUAUAUUCUUAAAUGUCUAAUUUACUAAAUGACGAAAGAGUAAACAAUUAUUACAUUAUUCUAUAGAUUCACUUAUGUUUUUAUUUUCUAAGUGGACCAACAUAAUUUAAUGAAGAUAUAUAAUAUUUACAAAAGUUAUCCAAUUUAGUAAACGUUAUUCCAAUUUUGGCUAGAGGUGAUUAAUAUACAAAAUCUGAAGUUCUUGAAUUAAAAUAAAGAUAUAAUAGAAUCUUUAAAGAAUUCAAAAUUGAUCUCUAUGAUUGUCUCAAAAUUAAUGAUGAAUCAUUUAAAUAAUAACUCAAAUAUGGAGAAUUUGGAUAGUGUUCUCCUUUCAUGAUUAUUGCUUCUACAUAUGAAUAUUAUAAUGAAUAAGGAAAAAAGAUUUAAGGAAGACAAUAUCCUUGGGGAUAAUGUGAUCUAUGGAAUCCUUAGCAUUCAGAUUUCUUGUUACUUUAUAAAUCAUUAAUUGGAUAUUAUAUAUAUGAUUUAAUUAAGCUUACUGACUUUUAUCAACAUAGCUUUAUUAAAAGAAAACAAGAAAUACAAAAGAAAAAUAAAAGUAGAAUGGGUUUUUUAAACUAAAUAUUAGUUCAUAUCAAUUAAAUAUUAUAUUUUAUUGAUUGA